ACUUUUGAUUGUUCCCCGUCGUUGUGGACCAAUUCAGCGGUCAGUGCAUUUCACUGACAAUAAAUCAGUGAAGGGGGGAGAGUUGCUGGCUACUGUGCAGAUCUUCCGCAAAGCCAACAUGACCAAGCGCAAAGGGAAAAGUACUAAUAAACAGGACGACAGUUUGCUGCUCUUGGAGACGCCAUCCGUUACUCCGCCGAGGGGAUUUAAAGAAUAUGCGGUCCCUGCCAUUGUUUUCUUUAUUUUCGCUGUCGGGGGAUCAACAGCAGUCUGGUUCUGCUGCCAGCAGCAGCAAACUAUCGACACUCUAACAGAGACGGUCAAUGCAAUGCAGCUCAGGAUAACCAAGUUCCAACAGCAAUUAGGAAUGGGUAAUGCACAGAUUGCCAAUGUGGGUGUUUUUGAAGAGCGUCUACAAGCUCUGGAAGAGGCCUACACACAGGCCCAAAAAAAGGCAGAUGUUGCACUGGCCACCUCAGAAAAACUCAAAUCGACUGAUGUUCAAAACCAAGUCUGGUCUCUUCAGACCGAGAUGAAUACCAAACUUUCUGGACUCCAGCAGGAGUUUGUUUCCACCGCUUCAUUGAAUGCAGUUGACAAGAAUAAAUCUGAAGAGAUUGAAACACUGAAGCAGAGGCUAAAUUCUCUCCUUGCUGCUAACUCUGAGGUAGCAGUUACCAUUUCUGGGCUCACUGACACUGUUUUGGUCACCAAAUCACGCCUCGACGAGCAUGUGUCUGCUGUAGAAAGUCUCACAUCUGAGCUGGAGGAACAAAGAAUUGAACUUACAAGCCUGAAGGAAUCUUUUGCCAGCAAUAAAAAGGCUCUUCAAAGAAACAGACAGGAAGUGAUGGACAUCAAGGAUUUGCUGCAGAUGGAACAAGCAAAAGAAUCCCAAGCUCUUGAGGAGCAGCUUAUGGCUGUCCGUAGGGGACUGGAAGAUCAUCAGAAGAGUACGCAUAACCUUCACUCUCACCUCGCUGCCCAACUAGAGAUUGUUCAGAACCAGAUGUUAUCUGAAAGCCAGGAGUCUGAUUCAGAGGAAGAAAUUCCCGAAGAAGAGCAGCAAGCCGAACAAGUACCACCUCAUAAAGAAGUUCCAAGCCAUGAUGAAGUUGAAACCGUCACUACAGAGGAAACAAUAGCCAUGGAGAUUAAUUUUAAAGAAGCAGAGCAACUGGUACAUGAGGUAGAAGAGUCAACUGAGGAGGUUAAGGUCCACGAGGAAGAACCCACCGAUGAGAAUGAAAUUCCUAAAGAAGCUGAAGCCAAAGAAGAUGUUGCUGAGGAGGUUGAACAAGAUGAUAAUGUCCCAUUCUAUCAGGACGAAGAAAAACCUGACGAGCUGCAGGUAUCUGAUGAGGAGAAACCAACUGAGGAGGUUCCAGGCCAGGUGGAAGUAGAAGUCAUUGAGAAGCAAGAUGAAACUGUGGACGAAACCAUAACUGAGGAAACUGAGGGCACAGAUGGGGAUGUGAUUGAUGAACAAACAGUAACUGAGGAGGAUAUGGUACCCGAGGAAGAUGAAGGCAUAGAUGGGGAUGUGAUUGAUGAACAAGCAGUAAUUGAGGAGGAUGUGGUACCCGAGGAUGUAGAAACCAUGGCUGGAGAUGUGAUUGAUGAAAAAGCAGUAGCUGAGGUUCCAGUCCAGAAGGAUGAAGCUGUUGAGGAACAAAUAGAAAAUGUUCCUGCCAAAGAAGUCCCAACCUACACAAAGGAAACUGAAAUUGGCACAAGUCUGACCGAGGUUGAAGAUGAUACCUCAGAAGAUCAGAUGGUUGAAGGCAUUAGCCAUGAUGAGAUGCUACAGGAGCCACUAGACAAACUUGAGAUGCAGAAACACUUGGUAGAAGUUGAAGAAGAUAUCCAAGAUUCUCAGGUGGACGAAGAACCUGCUGAGGAAUUUGUAGAAGACCUAGAUGAUAAACACAUUUCAGGAAAUGAAAGUUAAUUUACUAAGAGGAUAGCAGUACAAAAUAAAAGACUCUGAGAACUUUAAAUGAUCCCGUUACCCUAAUGAAUGAUGUGAAACUUCACAUGUAUUGAAAAGUUCCUCAGUCUUACUUUGUACUUGAAAGUGAACUUUGAACCUAGCAGCAAUGUUUUUUUGUAGCUAUAUCUCUUCAAGUCUUGAAUUGCUCCAUUUACACGGAAAUUUAGAGUUGGGAUUGUUCAACUAGAUUACAAAUUUAAAGACUGCAUUUUUUCAUACAGUGGUUUGCUAGCUAACUAACCUCAGGAGUGUCACUUAAAUAAAACUGCUUUUUUAUGUUUUUACUA